UUUAUAACAUGGUUCAGUUGCCAUCAAGUGCGACUCAAAAGUGUAGUAAUGCGGAACAAAGUGCAAAAUUUUAUUGCAAAUUUAAAUAUAUUGAUAAGUUUCUGCUAAAUACACAGUGAAAAGUUUUAUUGUAAAUAAAUAAGUAUUACAAAUUGGAAAUUUUUUAUAUGGCUUAUUAAUAAAUUUAUUUUGCAAUUGUGGAAAAAAUAAAUUUCAACAAUCGUGGUGUGACGAUAUUCAAACCAAAUCCGUGUCUUGUAAGCUACAUAGAUAUUCAUACUAAUGGCUUACGAAAAUAUGCCUCAUGAUCCUCUUCCCCCCAACAUUCCGGACGCUGAAGGGAGAAAUGUUCUCCAUUUGUUCGUCGAAAAUGCUCUUGAUUCCGACGAUGCCAGGGUUCAAAUCUCCACCCUCAUUUGUCACUACGGAAUUGACCUCCUCUUUUCCACCAUGAACACUUCCUACACUGCCCUUCACUUGGCGGCGAUGCAUUUCAAACCUAAAAUUCUUGCCGCUCUUUUGAACGAAUGCGGCAAUCCAAGCGAAUUUUGUUUCACGGUGGACGAAAAUGGUAACACUGCCCUCCACCUCGCUUGCAUAUGGGAGUCUAAAAUCAGGGAGCGGAAAGCAGCGCUAGAUUGUAUCGGAAUUCUUCUCCAAGCCUCCGGCGAGCCUGGGCUUCUCAUCGAUAUGAAAAACCGUAUGGGCUGGACAGCAUUGCACUAUGGGGUGAAAUCUAAUAAUUUGUCCACCGUCAAAAAAUUGCUGCAAUAUUAUGCUGUUGCUCCGAUGGCGGUGAACGAGGAGUUGCCUAUCCUCCACUUUAUUUGUGGAUUGAAUUGUGAAAGCAAAACGAGAAUAAAAAUUUUGAGGCGAAUUUUAAAACAUGAAGCCCAUCGCAUCAACCAAAUCAAGGUGCAGCCAAACGGUGAGAAGAUAACCGCGCUGAAAAUCGCCGUGCAGAACCGCCAACCUAAAGCCGUCAAAGAACUUGUCAAGGUCGGGGAUCUUGAUUUAAAAUGGAAAGACGGCUUCGGUCGGACAGCACUAUUUUAUGCCGUUAUUAAUGGUCUAAGUGACAAAGGAAACCAAUGUGUGUUCGCACUUUUCCCACGGUCAAGAAAGUUUAAGGGGUACGAUCCAAAAGAUGUACUCGAGGAUUGUGAUACCGAUUUAAAAACUGUGUUCGACUAUGCUCAAACGAACUGUUCCGAUUGGGCGAUGAAGACCCUAAUGGACACGGUACUUAGAUCCAGCGCCAUUUUCAAAUACGAUGCACUGAAUAAGCCAUCGCAUCACGCUUGGUUUGCGGCUUACCCGGCCGUGCUACAUUAUCAGAUGGAUAACUCCUUUUCCUACAAUAAGAAAGACAGGGGGAAGCUGGAGUGUACGGUUAGUUAUAUUACAGGAAUUUAUGAAAACGGUUCCAAAACACCGGAAACUGAAAAUGUUCGCAAAUCUGUUCCGUCUUGGAGCAAAGAGCAGCAAAAGGCACUUCUGCUGCAUCCUGCCAUGCUUUUCUUUGUGCACGAAAAAAGCCGGAAGUUGCAAGCGAUAAUGAGGACGUUGUUAUUAAUACAGUUCAUCUGGAUAACAAUGAUUUUCUGGUAUUUCUGGCUGCUCAUAAAUAACCACCGACACUGGCUUUGUUUCACAUCAAUCUUAAUCUACACAUUCUACUCCACCGUGUACGAGGUUUACGAAUGUUUUGGAAAAGGAAUUGAACGUUAUGUACAAAACUUUACAAACGUGGUACAACUAUUACGCAAUUUUUCUUUGAUUCUCUCUGUCGUCUUGGUGGACAAAUCGUUAGCAGCGGUCGGCAUUCUGCUAUCUUUAAUCUUGACGAUGCGACAUCUUAGAAAUUUUCACCGAAUUAUUGGACAAUCUAUCGACAUUUUGAGACAGGUGGUUGAACAAGUAAUUCACGUGUUAUUUAGUUGCGUCGUAAUUCUGGCGGGAUUCAUGGCCGCGAUAAUCCUGAUAUUCGAAUUUGAUGGGACCAUGAAAGGCAACAUUGCACUAAUGAACUCCUCUCUUCCCCUCCCAUUUAUGACUCUCUUGGUCAUGAUGACAGGCGAAAUUGGGUUUGACGAGGUCGGUAAAAGUCUGGAAUUUGGAUCGGAACCAUUGGGUAGCUGGGCUUCCCGCCUAAUUGUCCUCACAAUGUUCCUUGUAGGAAUUGUGAUUGCUUUUUACAAUCAAUUGACCGGAGUGGCACUGGACAAAGUGCAGGAGUUGCACGAGCGCGCCGAUGUUUACAGGGUUGCCUCGAAAAUCGAAUACCUUUACUUGGUGGAGACUCUUAUUACACAUUUCGCCCACUUUUUGCCUUGCUAUAUACAUGACAAAAAAUUAUUCGAAUUUCAACAGUUAAAUGUUGCAAUCAGGUGGGAAUUAGGCACUUGUAAGUUCUCCCAGCUUGUCACAGUUGAGCAGAACAAUGCCGUGAAUGGGAACACACUGCGGAAAAAUUUGUAAACUUGUGGAGAAAUUUUCCCGAUUUGGACCAACCCUCGAAGGAAGACUAUCAGAAAAUGCAUGCUUUGGCGGAGACGAAUGAAUAUCUUUUGGCGAAGGAGUACGGCGCAAGUUCGUCUAGCGAGGAGGGCUCAGUUUAAAAUUAAUUGUUUCCCAAUGAUAAUUAUAUUAUGAGUUUAAUUUUAACUCAGAAAUACUCAGGGCAUAUAUACUCAAGAAAUUUUCCUGUAUGUCACUUCAUUUGCAUAUGUUGACGCAUUGCCGAGUUUAUUCACCGUAAAUAAAUAUGAUGACUAGUAAAGUUUCGAAAAACA